AUGGCGAGCGUUGACAAGUCGAUCCAUAGCGCUGCCUCUGGCGUCGCGGCCGAGACGGCGGCCAAGCACUCGAAGCCGGCGAGCAACGGCCUUGUGUUCUACUCAGGCUGGUUCUGCCCGUUCGUGGCGCGCGUCUGGAUUGCACUCGAGGAGAAGGGCAUCGACUACGAGUAUCGCGAGAUCAACCCAUACAAGAAGGAGGCGCACUUCCUCGCUAUCAACCCAAAGGGUCUCGUGCCCGCGGUCGAGCACGACGGCGCAGCGAUGUACGAGUCGCUGGUGCUGCUUGAGUAUCUCGAGGAGACCUUCCCUUCCACGGCUCCACUCUUCCCCUCCAAGAAUACAGCGCGCGCACACGUGCGCAUGCAUAUCGACCAAGUCGUCAAGAAGAUCAUGCCGUCGUUCUACAAGACGCUGCAGGCGCAGCAGGAGGAGGAGCAGAAGGAGGCACGCAAGACGCUCACUGCGGCGUUCAAGGAAUACGCCGAGGCGUUCCCGAACAGCUCUAAGCCGUUCCACGGCGGUGACAAGCCAGAUGCUGUCGACGUCGCGCUGGCACCAUGGGCCUGCCGCCUCUUCUUGCUUGAGGAGCACCGUGGCGGGCCAUUCCAGGCAGCCGAGGUCGGCGAGGCGUUCAUCAAGUGGCGCAAGGCGAUUCAAGACUGGCCCUCGGUCAAGGCCGUGCUAUCCACGCCGGAGAAGUACACCGAGGUGUACCAGCGCUACUUGAAUGACGAGGCGAUGAGCGAGGCAGCCAAGGCUACACGAAGCGGCGGCGUGAUCCCGUAGAGCCUGUCGUCUCUCAGAUCGUCGUCAAGCCAUCAUCUUGCCUCCACCAUGUGUGUCCUCCACUCGUUUUGCCUCCAGCUGUCCCGCUGCGUUUCGUUACUCGAUGCACUCGGUCGCCG